CAACGCCUCCACUAGAAAGAUGCCAGCGACAUCGCACGCUUACCCAUGGGAACGAAAUGUUUCUCGUAGUUCAGUGCAGUGAAGGAAUUCUCUGCGCCAUUCCACAAUGCCCACCACCACAAUCAUGGCAGAGUAUCGUGCCCGCAUCGGUUGCAUCGCUGGUUUCUUGACCGUCUCCAGCUUCGUCGGCAACCUGACCAUGGCCUGGCGGGUCUGGAUCGUCGGCGACUCUUCGGGCGUCGCCUUCUUGCCCAUGGCCACCACAAUCUUGUGCCUGCACGCCUGGUUCCAUUACGGGCUCGCAGCCAGCAACUCCGACGUGAUAUGGGCAAGCGCCUGCGGUCUCAUCCUGAUGGCCGUCAACGUAAUCGUGCACCGCACCUUCUCUUACGACUACGGACCUGGCACUAUUCUGUCGGCGACUCUCGUGUUGAUGUUUCUUGUGUCGCCGAUGAUGCCUGUCACGUGGUUGGGCAGGACGGCGUUGGCUUGGACGUUGGCUUGCAACGUGGCGCCGGUCGCCCGCAUCCUGACCUACCCGCUGCCAGAGAUCGGCCUUUGGACGGUCGUCAUCUGCGGGCUCUGGGCGUUGUACGGAGGGCUUGGCCGGAACGUGCUAUUGCUUGUGAGCAACUUGGUCGGAGUCGUGGUUGGCUCUGUCGAAGUCGCCUUGGGUUCGUGGAUGCUGCCGCCUAAUUCUUUUCCUCGGGAACUGUUUUAACGUAUGUUGCCACUUGUUGGAAUAACGCCUACAGUGGUUACUUUAGUUCAGCUCGCUAUCCACCGCUUUCGCCGUGUGCUGUGCUUCGCCUGUAUCACACAAUCCCUGCAGUUCUUAUUCACCCAUGCGCCACUUUUUAAUGCUUAUUGACGACCACCGUAUACAGUUGGCAACAUUUUUAGUAUAAGUAAAAGUCCUCUGAAGCUUC